AUGUCGGGCAGAUAUGCUUUCGCCAAGGGCCUGAAGGAGGUUCGCUUCCUCUUCUGCCAAACUGGCGAGCACAGCACUGCGACGAGGUCGUUCCUCUCGCGAGCAUAUCCCAUCAUGAAGAAGAACAACCCCUCGAUCCCCAUCAUGCUGCGUGAAGCCCAGGGCACACUCCCCAAGAUCUACGCGAGAUACGAGUUCGGAAAGGAGACGAGCGAGUCAUUAGAAGGUCUUUCGGACAAGCAGAUCGAGGACGCUGUUACGAAGCUCGUCAAGGAAUGA